AUGUCGCGCUUCGUGUCUGCUGGAGCCGAGGACAAUCCCGCCGAGCAGGAUGAAGAAUGGCAGAAAGCGUAUGCCGCCAUAGAGGCGACGCGUCAAAACAAGAACACGUCUGCUAUGGCUGGUGGCAGCCAGGAAGGCGGCAAGUCACUGUAUGAGACGCUGCAGGCUAACAAAGCCGCCAAACAGGAAGCAUUCGAGGAAUCACUCAAACUGUCCAACCAAUUCCAGUCGCUCAACGAAGAUGAAGUCGAGUUCCUCGAUUCCGUCAUGGAGUCAACCCGCGCUCAGGAAGCCGCGCUCAGGAAAGAGACGACUGAACAGCUAGAUGCCUUUCGAAGACAGCAAGAAGAAGCCGAGCGCGCAGCGAAGCAAGCAGCUUCACCCGGCCCGCCAGAGACAGCCGAGCAGGAGUCGUGGUCGGUGGGGAAGAAGAGAAAGAAGGGCAAAGAGUCUCUGUUUGGUGCUGUAAAGCUGCGACGGUCGUCGACGACAGAUAAGUCCGAGCAGCCUGCAGCCGAGCCACCGGAAACGACAGAGUCUUCGAAAACGCGAGCUGCAGGAAACGCCUCGGCUCAGCAUGCCGUGAAAGCAGAGUCCGCUGAGAAGAGCAGCGACAGCGCCUCGCCUGUGGUAUCAGACGGUAAGGCGGCUGUCAAGCCUGCUUCGUCGGGUGUUGGUCUGGGCUUAGCAGCAUACUCCUCAGAUGAGGACGACUGAGCCAGUCCAUAGCACUUCGGCGCCCGGGCUCUGCGCUGUCCAAGUCUCCAGCAUUCUCUAUACAAUCCUUUGUCCUGUGAGAAUCACAGAGUGGCACUACGAUAAAACAAGGCCACACCAAGGACCGGGACGAACAAUACCAUUGUAAUAACACCACUCUAGCACUUUCUCUGUCUCAAUCUCUCAACUUUCCCUCGC